GCCUCAUUAGCUAGGUAACUAAACUACCUUGCAUUGAAAGAAACAUUCAACUUGUUCCUGUUUCGAUCGAUCAUCGAGAAUUUCAAGUCCCGUCAGCCUGUUGCUACGGUCCCCUACGUGGCAUGGUCGGACCACGCCCACCAUGCAGUUCACGAUUCGCCACGCACGAGAGGACGACAUCCCAACCAUGGUGUCCAUCAAGACGAGGUCAUUUGCAGACAGUCUUUACCAUAAAGCCAUAUUCCCUGAGCGAUUGCGUGUCAAGCCCGGUCUCCAGGACCAGCUCGACUAUUACGAGCCACGCAUGAAAAGACGCGCGCAAGAUCCAUGCCACCACUAUCUCGUCGCCGUCAUCAUGGACGACGAGUCGGGAAGCGAGGUCAUCGCCGGCUUCGCACACUGGGUUGCCCCCCAGAACGACGAACACCGCACCCUAGCUGCGCCUCCACAAGCGACGACUUCUGGCACCGACGAGGCGGUGGUGACGACGGCGCCGGGGUGUCUGGACGAAGCUGCAGUAGAGCGCUGCAACGCGGAAGUUGCGCAGAUGAUGGAAGCCGCAAUGCCUCUGCCUGGACACAGAAAGCUCAACCACAUGUGGACCCUAAACUCGAUUGCCGUCGACGCGAGAUACCGAUCGCAAGGCAUUGGCAGGGCGCUUACGCGAUGGGGCAUGGAUGCGGCAGAUGCACAGAGGAGCAGCAUCUGGCUCAUAUCCGCGCCUUCGGGGCGCGCCAUGUACCUCUCGCUCGGCUUCGAACAGCUGGCCGAGGGAUCUCGAGCCGGCGAAGGCCAAUAUCUGAUGUUCAGGGACACGGCCAGGUGGCCAUGACAAUCACCCAAGCGAC